AUGCAGAUUAAUAGCAAUUCUUGUAGAUCGAGGUCCACGCUUCCUUACAUCCCGGAUGAUGUGAUGUUCAACAUUGUGCUACGACUGCCAUCUAGGUCUCUUAUCCGUUUUAAGUAUGUCUGCAAGGCUUGGCACGCCAUAAUAUCAAGCCAAUUUUUCGUCCAUGCUCACCUGGAACAGUCGAAACUAAAGCCAUCAUCGGUGCUCAUGGCCCCUGGCUUUUAUAAGAAGCAUAGAAAUGGUCAGAACUUUGCGUUCUUGAUGGGCCUCUAUAAGUAUCAAGGUAAUAACAUAAUGCAGCAUUUGCAUGACUUUCCAUAUGACUUUCCACAGGUACUAGAUACAUGGAGUCACCCUGUGCACUGCAAUGGCUUGCUCUUCGUUUCUGACAUGAAGGACAAAAUGUUGAUCUACAACCCAUCAACAACAGAGGUUGUUUCCCUGCCAAAUGGGAGCCCUAACCUUUAUAAGGGCAGAGGGCAUGGAUUUGUUGACAAUCACAACAAAAGGUAUAAGGUGACUAGAGUUUACUAUCAAAGGGAUUAUGAAACAUUAUUGUUGACAUGUAAGUGUGAAGUUCUCACUCUGAGAACUAAUGCGUGGAGGCAAAUGGAAGAUCCACCUUAUCCAAUGGUAUCUCCUGUUUAUGUAAAAGGAGCUAUCUACUGGAUGGUUUCUCGUACAUCACUUCACCCAGAACCACCCAAUAAUACACUUGUUCAAUUUUGUUUGACUGAAGAGAGGUUUAGGCCGUGUUCCUUUCGGCUCGGAUAA